AAUCCAAAUACUGUACUAUCUAUAAAUACUUCUUUUCCUUCAGAUACUACAGGUGUCACAGCGCCUCCAGAUCCUAAAACUACCAUAACUAUUCCAGGUAACACAUCUUUUGCAGAGGCCCCAUGGAGGAUACUGAGCCUAAUUUACAUAUUACAAAUACAUAAAUCGUUUUCUAUCUACCUUUUUUUGAGGGCAAAGCAGGCCAUUCAUGUAUCUGUGAAUGUUAACAAGUGCAUUCGCUCUAUGUUCUUCAGCACUGCUUCUUUUAACUUCAAGGCAAUGUUGUGAUCUACCAUUACUGAGUUGGUGGCAUAGUGUCAUAAAUUUAUUCCAUUCCAGCUCCACCAAAAAUAUUGAUGCCAGCAGUUGUGCGAGCCUUUGCAGGCGACAAAGUGACAUGUUCAGUGACGGGGAGUGUUCCUAUACAUACAGCGAUACUGAAAAACUCAAUAGUAUUGGUAAACACAACGAGCAUAGCAACUAUUGAGCUCCAUGAGGAAGGAAACUACACCUGUGUUGCCACAAGCAAGUAUGGAACUGAUGAGCAGAUGUUCUCUGUGAUACUUUUAGGUAGGUUUCAAACAGAUGACGAAAACCCUUCACCUAACAUCACUUUAGAUAUGAGACUGCCCUAGAAAGAAAAUAACCUAAAUUACAUUUGGCGUUUCCAAAACUUUCAACUACAGUCAAAAGUAAACGUCUUGGCAAGUGUCGUACCCAUCUCAUGUUCAAAGCCAUAUAACAUUCAAAGCAAAAUAAUUAAAUUAUUUCCAAAACCGCGGUCACUCCAAAAAAUGUAAGCCCCGUGUUUUUUACAGCAAGGUUACAGAACAUUUCUGGUUUUUUUUUUUGUCUGGUAUUUUUAUUAUUCAGCAAAGGCAAGUGUCCAGCACUGAAAGUUUUGAUGUUCUACAACUGCUGCAUUUCUUCCUGGUUGUGUUAUUUUUCCUUGUUUUAUAUCUUUCGAUACCUCGACCGGUAAUAAGAAUAUUCUACAAAAACACAGUUCAAACUUAACUGCUCCAUGUCCAGCAUGGCUGUGGUACAUAACACGGAAAAGUUGCUGAUAGCUAAUGUUUACAUUUCUUUUUUUUCUUCUUCUUCAAGUAUCGUAAGCAGCCUAUUGAACAUAUCUAACGCAUUUAUGUUUUAUUUUCUUUUAAUAUGUAUAUAGAUUGUGGUUCUUUGAAAAAUAACUCACUGCAGAGUCCUGGAUAUCCAAAUGAGUAUCAAAGUAAUCUGGAUUGUAUAUGGCAGGUUACCAUCCCUCACGGCAUGGCUAUGCAGAUUCAUUUCUAUGAUUUUGAGUUGGAGGGCGAUUUAUGUUGGUAUGUAACAAAGCUAAAAGAGCUAUUCUCUCUUUAAUUGUAGACUACUUCGCACAAUUGCGUUUCAGCUCAGCAUUCAUUCAUCAUUACUAGAAUUGUGCCCACUAUACAAUCUGAUCGCAGGUGCUUAAAGAAGCAUAACCUGUGGUGGACCGACACACGGUCCUGACGUCACAACCAGAUUUCCUCGUCCUCAUUCGUUAUCAACGUCUUUUGAGAUAUGGAGUCUCACACACGCUAAGCGACUUACUUUGAGAAUUCUCCGUUUUGAAGUGAUGGCCAAACAGAACAAAAACAAAACAUGCGCAAUCAUGCCUGUUAAUCAGUCUUUACAGAUAAGUUGUAAAAUUUAAGGUUAUUCCAUUAAUGUGAAUACCUUAAGGUUUCUCUAUUUCACAGGUAUGACUAUGUGGAAAUUUCCAACGAGAAUAAUAUAAAUUUUGGAAAAUACUGUGGAACGCAGACUGGAAAAAAUAUUGAAAUAACUGGAGAAUACGCCGUGAUAAAAUUCCAUUCAGACUCAGCAGAUCAGGAGAAAGGAUUUUCCUUGUUCUUCACUGCUGUUUUACCAAGUGCGUGCCAUUGGCAUUUAUCUUUUAUAGCUCAAAUGGCAAAAAUAUCUAUUAUAACUCGUUAAUAUGACUACCUGAACUUUGGAGCGUGCUAACUAAUAAAUGUAAUAAUAAUAAUAAUAAUAAUAAUAAAUAACAAACGAUGCUGGAUAUCCUGCAUGUCAAGGACGUGAGAGUAAUCAAAGAGUUCAGCAGUUCAAAUGUACUCCUUUGUUUAUAAGAUUCUACAGACGCUCUCAUAGGUCGAUAGGUGUUUGGAUGAGUGUGUGUAAAAACAGAUGUAACCUCAUGCCUGCCCUAGCUGAGUUUGAUAUAUCCCCACCUUUUCAUGUUUCUCACUUUGUAUAUCUCCAAAAACAAAUUACUUAGGUACUAUGCUGUUGCACUAUUUUUCCAAUAUACCCCAGGUUUUGGACUCAGCUUAAUGUUCUGCACUAAAGACUCUAACUAAUUUUCACUCAAAGGUCCUCCUGUCAUAUCGAUGCCUGUUGUGGAGCGUGCCUUCGUGAGCGAAGAAAUGACAUGUUCAGCGACAGGAAGUCCUCCUAUACACACAGCAAUAUUAAAGGACUCAACAGUAUUGGUAAAUACUACAAACUUAGCCACGGUUCGCUUCCGUGAAGAAGGGAACUAUUCCUGUGUGGCCACCAGCAAGUAUGGGACUGAUGUGCAGGAGAUAGUAGUGAUACUUCCAGGUGAGCCUGAAGCCAAUAACCACGAUCACUAGUUCAUAUUCAUUUAGGUAAUACAGAAACUAGUAUGGAGCACCAAGUUUUCUUACUUGCACUUUACUGGCGUUUAGUUUACGACAGUGCUUACAGCAACUUUUGCUAAAAUUAAUAGAUAAACCCUAUAUACACCCUUCAUUUUGUCCUAUCUGACUGUUUUGAUAUUUUCUUAAACCUUUCUUACCCCGCCCGCCCCCCCCCCCCCCCGAAACAAUGAUGCAUUUUCGUUAUUUAACCUGCCGCUGGAGAUAAAAUAUUGCUUAAGGGUAUAAUAAAGUGUAUGAAUUUUAUUAGCUCUCAUAGAGUCAAACGACUCUCAAAAGAGGUCAAUUUUUAAAAACAUUUUGUUUCAGCUACUUGAAAAGUGAUUCAAAAUGAAUUCGAUAACUUAAUUUAAUUAAUUACUGUACCUAGAAAAAAACCAACAUCAUACCGCAAACUGAAUGAUAGAGGGAUAAAUAUCAAUAUGAUAUUCAGAAAGAAACAAUAACUUCAAAAUAUAAUAUUUGAAGAAGGAAAAAAUGGUAAAACUUUCCGAGUUUAUGCCGAGAUUAGGGAGCUUCCAAACAAAUUUCAUAUUAUAUAUGACGGAAAAGCAGUUGUUGAUAGCCGAUGUUUUCAUAUCUCUUGGUUAUUUAUAGUUGUCUUUUCCCGGUAUCUACCUUAGUUCGUUUAAGCAUAUUGAGUAGAACUUGAAACGCAUUUUAAGCGAUAACUAUCGUUCCUAUAGGUUGUGGUUCCUUGAGAAACAACUCACUACAGAGUCCUGAAUAUCCAAAUUCGUACCCAAGGAAUAUGGAUUGUUUAUAUCAGGUUAUCAUUCCUCAAAGCAUGACGAUGAAAAUUUAUUUCGAAGAUUUUGCACUAGAGGAAGCGUCCUUAUGCAGGUAUUAAAGGUUUCAACACGUCUAGUACCCUGGUAUAGGGCCAGUUAUUGAAUGCUUAGAGCUCCCCUCCCCCCCUCCCCCCCCCCCCGGUAUCUAUACCUUUAUCAGAGGACCACCUUGCCGUCAACUCCAAAAUUUAAAACAACGGCUAGGAUAAGAAAAACAACCUUCAACGUUCUUCUACAUCUCCCGCCGAAUAUUUUUUAGUCUUCGUCUAUUUCUAUUUUUUCAGCUUCAAAUAAUAUUAACAAUAAGGAUACGACACCAGUGACGGUGAAAACGGCAACGACAGCGGGAACGACAAAGACUACCAAAAACGAAAAUGACGAAGGUAACGGCAUCUGCAAAGAUAAAAAAAACGAUAGCGACAACGAAGACGAAAAUGAAAAUGAUGACGACGACAAAAACAACAGCAAAGAUGUCAACGUUAACGAGAACGAGGACAAUGAUAAUUACAACGUCCAUGACAACAAUAACGAUAUUCACCAUGCUGUCGGUGACUGUAAUGAUGACGAGAAUAAACAUAUCAAUGAUUGUGAUUAUGAUGUUGAUGACAAUGAUGGAGACGAUAACUCGAAGGGUUUAUUUUACAAGGGCUAACAACUAUCAAAUCGGAUUUAAAAAUUUAUUCUUGCAAUGAUUUUAUGAUUACGAAAAAUAUUUUAAAUUAUAUAUAUUAAACUAUAUAAUUGCUGUUAUUAAAAUUCAAAAGGAAAACUGUAAAAACUAUUGGAGAAAGGUACCUUAGGAGCGUCUUUAUUUUGCAGAGAUGACUUUGUAGAAAUUUCCAAUCAGAAUAACUUCACAUUUGGUAAAUACUGUGGAAUACAGACUGGAAGAACAGUUGAAGUAUCUGGAGACUACGUGAUAAUAACAUUCCACUCUGACCUAUAUGGUCAGACAAGAGGAUUUUCCCUACUGUUUACGGCUGUGUUACCUAGUGUGUACACUAAGUGUUUAUCUUUUAAUGUUCUGAUAAAAAAUAUGUAUAUUCCUCAAACCGAUUCCUUGAAACUUUAUCCUAUAGGUGGGUUAUUUUGUUCGCGUGAUUUAUACAUCGAGCUUCAAAAAAAUUAUGCAUGCAAUGGCACAUUAAAUGAUAUUCACGGGUUAUUUAUUACACAAGGAUAUCACAAGUAAAACUUAUUAAUUAUGCUCUCAAAGUUCUCAAUUGACACCAAUUUCAUUGUUUUAAGGUCAGCCCGUGUACAGGUAUUUAUUUCGGGAGGAAGUUUUAAGUAGGAUGAACUGAUAUUAAACAGAGGUAGAUUUAGGUACCGUCAAACUAAAAUACGGAAGGACGAUAACGUUAACCUACGACCCAAAGAGUAUACUUCAUAGUAAGAUGAGCAUUUCAGAUGCAAAUUUUAUCAAAACUUGACGCCCAAAGAAUGCUUUGGCAGGUAAUCACCCAGUCGUUUCAUUUCCCCAUGUGACUUACUCUUGUGUUCAACAGCAUGCUUCAUUGUUACUUGUAAUAUUUCUUCAUUAUGCAUUUCUUGAAGGUCCUCCAAGCAUAUCGAUGCCAGUUCUUGUGCGAGCCUUUCCAGGCAAUGAGGUGAUGUGUUUAGUGACGGGAAGUCCACCUAUACACACAGUGAUUCUAAACGACUCGAUUCUACUUGUGAACACAACAAACACAGCAUCUUUUAAGUUCCUUAAGGAAGGAAACUACUCUUGUUUGGCGACCAACAAGUAUGGAUCUGUCCUUAGAGUCUUCACUGUUCUAGGUAAGUCUCUGACUAAAGGCCGUUGAUCACCUCAAAGACACCAAUGAAGCAAAUAAACCUAAAGGGAAAUUAAAAAACUUAGUUCUUAGAUUGAUCCAUUCUAUCCAAGUAUGUAGGUACGUCCUGGAGUUCUCAAUCAAUUAACUUGAUCCUUCAGUCCUGGUUUGGGGCCAGUUUGCUUCGAAUCACUUAAAGAUUUACUCAUUUCGAUUUUUAGAUAAGAGGGAGAAUGCAAAAUGUCAGUUUUGAUAAAUGACUACUAAAUGAAUAUUUUCUUAAACCAUGAAGUAAGUAGAUUUUAACUUUCCAUUAGGCCGGCUGAAGUAACAAAAUCGCCGGUUGGGAAUUAAAAUUUUUGCAUUUUCGAGGAAGAUAGCUUUUUCAAUAAUUUAAUCUUCUUGUUAUUGUUGCGAUUACCACGUUUCUUUUUCUCGUUUUCACUUUGCUUUUUUAAGAUGUCGUUCUUGCUUUAAAUUUUUAAUAAUUUCUUUUAAGAUUGCAGACCCACCUGUUCUUUCGGAUUAAGAUUUUAUGGCUGGACUCUUUCCUGUACCAACGCAACACCUUCGUAUCUUAUGGACUGCCUUCCGGAGAGAACUGAAAACCUGUAACUUUGUUUUAUGAGAUUUCUUACACAACUGAUCAACAUUGCUUUCCUUACAAUUUUAUAUCUUGGCUAUUCUGUUUCUCCCUUUUUUUUUUUUGGCUUUUUUUGCUGUAGAUGUGUUUUUGAUAGUGGGCGUGCAUCCCUCUAAGAAUCCUAGUUCGUUGUCCAUGUUGGUGCAAUUGGGGCGAAAUAUUACACAAAUCAUCCUAUCUGCCCUAUGGAAAUAUGGAUACCUUUAGAAAAGGAAAAUGAUUACAUGAUUACAUGAUUACAUAUUACGGGUGAUAUAUACUUUUAAUGUUACAAAAUUCUCUUUUAUAACCAAUUCUCUUUGUUUUGUGACUUUAAUUUUCAAUAGGAAUUUAUCUUCAAACGCAAUCAAAUUUCUUCCAGUUGGAUUGUUUGCUGCUGCAGCGAUCGGGCUGAAGGACCUGCAAGUGCAAUUUGACACACCUAAACUCGCCAAAUUUUACUCAGUGAAUUGCUCUCUCUUUAUGCCGCCAUUUAAUCUUAAUAUUGAAUACAAUGAUGGUGUUUGUCACUUAAAUAUCCUGUCAUUUACAAAAACAAGGUGAAGCUACAGUAUAAAUACGAGUCAUAAGAUCUGAAUAGGUUUACGAAAAAUCAAGUAAAAAAAAAUAAAAAUGCAACAAGGAGUAAAAACGGCCAAAAGUGACGAACGAAGCCUUUUAUCUUGCUAACUUAAAUUUUACGUUUACAGAGAUUUGUCUUCAAAUGCGAUCACCUCUCUACCAGAGAAAGUGUUUACCAAGCUAAACAGCCUUCGCAAUCUGUACGUAAUAUGAAAAAUGCCAAUUUUACCUUGUUAAAUAUUCUCUUUAAACAAUUAUUGAGAGGCAAUUUUAAAAGUAGAUAAUAAGAAACAAUAAAUGAAUAUUUUAAGUUAUUCCGUUUUGUUUGAAUAUAUUGGAGACUUUGUUUACUUUUGCCAAUAUUCAUUUUAUUUCGUUUCAUUUCAUUAAACAUUUUUUUACCUUUGGAAUAGUAACAAUGUUAAAACUUUUUCCUGUUUUUCCUGUGUUCUUCUACAAUUUUCCCAUAAAGUUAAGCUACAUUUGUUUUCCUUAGGUAACAAUUCGAUUUUUCCGCAGGUUUUUAUCUUCAAACGCCAUUACCUUUCUCCCUAGAGAAUUGUUUGCCAAUCUGACAAGGUUGAGGCAUCUGUAAGGAAAAGUUGAUAUACCUUAGCUUACUCUACAAAAUGUUCAAUGCAUAAUGUAAUACAGCACCACUUUUGUUCUACGAAAUGUCUGGAUUGAGCGGUAGUGUCAAUUAUUUUAAUAUAUUGUAGUUUAAUUAAACAGUGUCAAGCGAAAGCACUAAGCAUGGCACCUAGAUAUACUUUAGUGUAUGGAUUUGACAACUUUACCAAAAAUACGACCAGAAAGAACAGGGAAUGGAGCAUAAAUGAUAGAAAUAGACAAAAGUACAUUUAAAUCCUACUAAUCUGGAUAUUAUUUUACAGAGAUUUGUCUUCAAAUGCUAUUACUUUCCUACCGGAAACAGUAUUUGCCAACCUAAACAGCCUUCAUACUCUGUGUGUAUCAUAACUAUUUUUCCAUCACAAUUUUGAACGUCUCAAACAUUUUGAAUCAUUGUCUAGUUUCGAUACGCUUUUCUACUUUUUGAAUUUUUUCCAACUUAUUUCAUUUAUCUCCCCUUCUUCCCAUUUCAAUGUGGCCUUGUUUUUACAAAGUUGUCAAAGUUGGGAAAGGGAGGACUUUCAAGUAACUUAUAAGAGAUGAAUUACAACAUUUCGGUUUAUUGUGUAGGGUGUUGUAGUUGUUUACCACUCAAUAAAAUGUACAAAGUUAUCGACAAACUAGGUAUUUUUUAAUGCAAACCGAUUAAACGCUUUGCUAUUAUUGUGUGUCCUUUUACAAAAUUCCCUUCAUGGCAAAGCUUUAUCUUAUUUAAUUGGCUAAGACAUUAAUUUUUUUCACAGGCGUUUAUCUUCAAACAGUAUCGCUUCUCUUCCUGACGGAUUAUUUUCCGACCUAACCUUCCUAGAGAACCUGUAUGUCAAAUUUGGCAGACCUUAGCUUCCCCUGCAAAAUGUUUUGUGCAUACAAUUAGACAUUCCACCUUUACCCAAUGCGAAGUUUCGUUCAUGCGACUACUAGUUCAAAAUUUCUGAAUUGAGUGAAAUGUUGUUAUUCGUUAUCCAACAUAAUAUCAUCUGCUGCUAUUCACUCGACCUCCGUCCUUUUGCUCUCCCACACAAUGUGUUUUCUGUUCUUUAGGGCGCACAAGAUUCUUGAAGUUUAAUCAUAGUGCUCUUCAGUUUUUUGCGUAAUUCUUUGUGCUAUUAUUCGCUUAGGCUACCGGCAAUCAUGCUGAGUAUUUUUUUUUCAUUUCCUGGUAUAUCAAUAGUCUAUAAGAUUGGAAUGCUGACAUAUUCAUAUGCCUUGCUAUCAUUUUCGAAUUCUUCGUCCUAUCAUCAAAUACCGAUGGUAUAAGAAAUUAUUUUUGUCUUGCUAAGUUAAUAAAAAUCUCCUCAGGGAUUUAUCAUCAAACACUUUCACCAUUCUUCCUGAAGGACUGUUUGCUAAAUUGACCCGACUGAAGGCACUGUAAGUGAAAUUUAGUAUAUCUUAACUUAUCUCAUGAGGCACAAUUGGCUUACCCAAUUACAUGUUCCCUUCAUACCAUUCUAUGAUCAAAAUUUCGGAGCUGGAUGAAACGAUUUUUUUUAUAUUUUUCUGAUAUAAUGUAGCCUCAUCAAGUAAUGUCGAGCGAAAAAAAUGCACAGAAUAUACCACCAGAACACCUUAUGAUGUUCCUGGGUAGCAGCUUUACAACAAAUUGGAAAUGUUAACCGAAAUAUAUGGGGGCGAACAUAAAGAACCGAACUUUAAAUCUCGCAUUGAUUGAUAAGAUGUUACUUUAAAAGGGAUUUGUCUUUUUACGCCAUUGCAUCCCUACAGAAUUAAGUGUUAGCCAAACUAACGAGCCUUAAGGAUCUGGGCAUACUAUGAAAAACCUUGAUUUUACCCUAUGAAAAAUGUACUUCUCACUAGUGUUACGAAUUUAUAUAAUAACUUUGUAGUUUGAACAAUUCGAUUUUAUUUCAAUAUGUUGAAUGCUUUGUUCUCUGGUAAAUUUAUUUUCCGGCGUUCCAUUUUAUUUGAUGAUAAUAUCAAAUCUUUCCAGUAAUUUCUGUGUUCUAUCAUGCCAGUAAGAUUACCUUUUAACAAAGGAUCUCUUGUCAUCCUGACUUACCUGAUUGUUGUUGUUGUUGUUUUUUACAGGCAUUUAUCUUCAAACCUGAUCAAUUCUCUGUCAGAAGAAAUUUUUCGCGAGCCAAACUCGCUAAAAUACCUGUACGCCUUUUUAGAAAUACAUCAGCUUACCCUAUAAAAAGUUCAAUUCUUACGAAGAUACAUACCACCUUUACUCAGUACAAUGUUUUUUCACGCAACAAUUUGAUUUUUUUAUUCGGACUUAAUGAAAAGAUGGCUUAAACCGAAAAGGCAAAUGCUUCCUUGACUAAAAUAGACAUCACAAUUUCGCAGAAUGUCUCGUAGUUCAUCUCCUAGCAGGCUUCAGUGUCUUCAACUCGCAACUUCGUGACUAAAAAUUUCAACUGCCACAGGAGUUGCUAACCUCAGCGCACCCCACAUUUGUUCACAAUUACGCGAUCUCAUAGCGCGAUUUGGUCAACUAUCAUAACUAUCGUGAACCGUUUGAACGUAAACAUGAUAGGGAAUGAAAGUUUAGACUAUCAUCGAUGAUCCUCAAUUUAGCUGUGUCAAAUAUUUUUAUGAUACUUGAUUAUUUUGCCAGCGUUUCGAAUCAUUAAAUAACUCGUUUCCUAUGAAAUGGCUAAAACUUCAAACGAUUCUCUUUUCUAUCAUAACAUCCACAUAUCAUGAAGCAUCACUUGUUAUCUUAGUUCAAUGAGUUUAUUUAUCCACAGGGAUCUAUCUUCAAACACCAUCGCCUUUCUUCCAGAAGGACUCUUUACCAAGCUGACCAUGUUGCGACACCUGUGAGUGGAAAUUGAUGUACCUUAGCUUACCCCAUUUAAUGUUUUUUAAAUACGAAGUCUCCUACCAGCUAAAGCCAAGGAAAUAAUUUGUUACUGCGUCAAUCUAGUUUUGAUCCUGAGAUGAAUUUAGUGAUGAAUUUAUUUUACCGUCCGUGACGAGCCAAACUCACUGAGCUAGUGGCGUUAUUUUGCACAGGUAUUUGACUCUCACGCAAAAAACAUUUACCAAUUGAAAAAUCCUUUAGUCUCAGUGCCUUUUAUGGAAAAUAUGAACUUGACUUCAUGAAGCAUUUUGUUUUCUUAUGAUAAUGAUCUUAUACUGAGUGUCUGAUUUCAAAAAUAAAUCCAUAACAUUAAGAAUGAUAAAUUUGUAACAAAUAACUUUUCUGUCGUUUUCUGGGUUGUAUCAUGAAAUUCCCAAAAUCAUAAAGCAUUACUUAUCUUUCACAGAUAUUUGUCUUCAAACGCUAUCACCUUUAUUCCUGAGGGAAUCUUUUCCAAGCUGACCGAGCUGUUUUUACUGUUCGUAAAAUUUGAUACAGCUUAGCUCUCCUGUCCGUUGAUUGAUCACAUACCAACACUGCCCAGAGAAAUGUCCCCCUCAUAUCGCCAAUUGCGUAACUAGGUGUAAUGAUGGUAUUUAUUUUCCCUUUAUUAUGUCAUUACAUCAAUCGGAGCACGACACUAUAAUCCACUGCAAUGCUCCACAUUGACAGGUUUAGAAAAACCAAAUAAGGGGAAACGGGAAUCAGAGUUAAUGACCCAAUACGCUUCAACAGAUUUUGACUCUCGUUACCUUAAAUCUUACUUCAAAGGCUUUCUGUCUCAAACGCUAUUUCUUAUCUACACAAAAAAUUUUGCCAACUGAACCUAUUCUCUUCCGUAUGAUACUUCCGUAACUUCAUGAUUAUAGUAGUAUAGAUCUCCUUUGAUAAAUUCCCUAUAUUAUAGAGCAGUGUACUUCUUUUGCAUAGGUAGUCGAUUUUUUUCCUCAGGGAGUUAUCUUCAAACGCCAUCACCUCCCUUCAAGAGGGAUUGUUUGAAAGACAAACCAAGCUGAAUCACCUGUAUGUGAGAUUUGUUAUAUCUUAA